AUGAGCAAGCGCUCGAGUUCAGGAGCGCUGCCACCGAGCAAACGACGACACACGGAAGAUGAGGCCAUAGACUUGAUUAUCGAUCGCGGCAAUGACCUCAUCAAAUGUCUCCAGGCACUGACCAAAUCCAAGACGAGAACUUCGAUUCAUCGCGAAGACUUGCAAAGGCUCCGACAGCUCAGCAAGGUUCUACUGCCAUCGUUCGAGGAGUUGGCCGGCGAAGGCAAUACACAGGAUUUAGAAAGCGGCGAGAUUGAUGAGAACGAGGAAGAGAAUGCGUCACAUGAGAAGGACGGAUCCUCAAUUACACCUAGACAGGACUCAGUGCUCUCAGGGCCACCAAUCCCUUCUUUUAUCCUGAUCAAGCCAUGGACACCAGUGGAUAUCCCGAACUCAAUGCCGCCUCUUCCCAAAAUUACGAAUCCAGUCCUAGAGAUGGCGGCCUUCACCCAUGCGGGCGUCGCCAAGCACAAAUCGGAUCUCAGUUACGACCGCCUCGAGUGGCUCGGAGACGCCUAUGUCGAGUUGAUCUCGUCUUCACUAAUUUUCCAAACUUUCGGAGGGAUGUCGACGGGCCAGUGCUCACAGCUGCGAGAGCUUCUUAUUCGCAAUGCCAACCUGGGAGAGUACUCAACGCACUAUAAGCUUUUCGAAAGAGCGAAUCUGCCUCUUGAGUUCAAACCCAAGGGCAACCAGCCGGCCGCGGUAAAACCACAGGAGAUCAAAAAGGUUCGCGGUGACUUAUUUGAAGCAUACGUCGCCGCCGUGAUCCUCUCCGAUCCCACCGAUGGUCUCACUCGAGCUACAGAGUGGCUCAAGGCACUAUGGGCAAUGACAAUCAAGGACCAGAUCAGAUCGGUUGCCAAGAAGCCCGGGUUACAGAUAGUCAAGGAGCUUGGCGAAACUGUGGCCGAAGAGUCUAAGCUACCCCCAAAGGUCCUCCUGAGCCAUGCUAUCGGUGCUAAUGGCAUCAACAUCCGCUACGAAGACCUCCCCAAUGCGAAUAGGAAGGACAAAUAUAACAAGAAGCUGGCCCUCUUCAGCGUCGGAGUGUUUCUUGACGGAUGGGGCGAGAAAAACAGGCUCCUGGGUACCGGAAGCGACCUGAAUAAGAAGGAGGCGGGCCAAAAGGCAGCGCAGAUGGCGCUGAACAACAAGAAGUUGCUGAGGGUGUAUCAAGAGAAGAAGAAGGCUUUCUUAGCAGCUCUCGGAGAGACGUAG